AUGUUCAUUGUGGAAGACAGGAAUUAUAUAGUAACAACGCGCAACGCGCGUGCACCUGACGUAGACUGUCAGCCAGUCUCUUUUUGCCUCUUCUUACUUAACAUCGACGCAUUCAAUGCUCAUGGCUCUCUAUUUACCCACCCACAGAAUGCUCAUGGCUCUCUAUUUACCCACCCACAGAAUGCUUACAGCUCUCUAUUUACCCACCCACAGAAUGCUCAUAGCUCUCUAUUUACCCACCCACAGAAUGCUUACAGCUCUCUAUUUACCCACCCACAGAAUGCUCAUGGCUCUCUAUUUACCCACCCACAGAAUACUUACAGCUCUCUAUUUACCCACCCACAGAAUGCUUACAGCUCUCUAUUUACCCACCCGCAGAAUGCUCAUGGCUCUCUAUUUACCCACGCACAGAAUGCUUACAGCUCUCUAUUUACCCACCCACAGAAUGCUCAUGGCUCUCUAUUUACCCACCCACAAAAUGCUUACAGCUCUCUAUUUACCCACCCACAGAAUGCUCAUGGCUCUCUAUUUACCCACCCACAGAAUGCUCAUGGCUCUCUAUUUACCCACCCACAGAAUACUUACAGCUCUCUAUUUACCCACCCACAGAAUGCUUACAGCUCUCUAUUUACCCACCUCCCGAAUGCUUACGGCUCUCUAUUUACCCAGCCACAGAAUGCUUACAGAUAUCUAUUUUCCCACCCACAGAAUGCUUACGGAUCUCUAUUUUCCCACCCACAGAAUGCUUAG